UCUGCCUCUCUCUCUCGGUGUUAAUCCGCCUCGCGCUCUCUCUGCCUUCAUCAUGGCUGAAAUCAAAACCGGAAUCUUCGCUAAAAACGUCCAGAAGCGGCUGAACAGGGCGCAGGAGAAGGUGCUGCAGAAGCUGGGAAAAGCAGAUGAGACCAAAGAUGAGCAGUUUGAACAAAUGGUCAUUAACUUCAGGCGACAGGAGUCUGAAGGCUCACGGCUGCAGAGGGAGAUGAGGGCCUACAUGUCUGCUAUCAAAGGGAUGCAGCAGGCCUCCAUCAACCUGACCCAGUCCCUGCAUGAAGUCUACGAACCAGACUGGCACGGAAAAGAUGAUGUCAUGACCAUCGGGAAGGACUGCGAUGCAUUGUGGGAAGACUUCCAUAAUAAACUGGUGGACUCGACGCUGCUGAACCUGGACGGAUACCUGCAGCAGUUCCCAGACCUUAAGACUCGUGUGGCCAAGAGAAGUCGGAAACUCAUAGACUACGACAGCGCUCGUCACCACGUCGAAACACUGCAGGUGUCUGGGAUUAAGAACGACCGCAAGGUGAUGAAGGCAGAAGAAGAACUGAAAAAGGCUCAGAAAGUGUUUGAUGAGCUGAACGUUGGUCUGCAGGAUGAACUGCCGACUCUCUGGGACAGCCGGGUCGGUUUCUACAUCAGCACCUACAAGAGUGUGACCAACCUGGAGGCAAAGUUUCACCGGGAGAUCUCUCUGGUGUGCAGGCAGCUGUAUGAAGUGAUGACCAAGCUGGGCGAACAGCACUCAGACAAAAUGUUCACCAUCCAGGGAGCACCGAGUGACUCAGGACCUCUUCGACUUGCGAGAACCCCCUCACCACCAGAAGACGAGAGUCCACCUGAGAGUCCAGACGCCAGCUCCAAUCACAUGCUCCGUCCUGUCUCACCUGGACCACCUCGACCCAAAUCUCCCACACAGUUUAAAAAGGGACCACCGGUGCCUCCACCACCAAAGGUCACACCCACAAAGGAGGUGGCAGAGGAGCAGAUCAUCGAUCUGUUUGGAGGAGAAUUUUUACCAGCACCAUCACCAUCACAGCCCAAUGAACGACCAGGAGAAUCUCUUCUUGACCUGGACUUUGAUGCUUUUCAGCCAGAAGAAAGUGUUUCGCCGAUACCACAGACAGCGGUGCCCUGGGACAUGUGGUCGGCAAACGCCCAAACAGCUCAGCCUCAGGCUGGAGACGCGGGCUUCGUCGCCAACUGGUCUGCAGACUUUGGCUCAAUGUCAACAAAUGGAGAUGCCUCUUCAAGUGCCACGGCCCCUGGGGCCCCUACUGUAGAGCUGGAGGGGGUGCAGGGCGGGGCACAGGGUGGGGCUCAGGGCUGGCUCCAGGCAGAUGGCUGGCAGCCAGGUGGACACACAGCUACACCUCCUCAGGACAGUGAGGCAGCCACAGCAGCUGAAUCUGAGGAUGUUUCAGCUCCAUCGUUUUUUGCUGAUUUUGACAAAAUGAACGAAGUUAGCACUGAAUCAACGGAGGCUCCUGAAGCCUCAGAGACAGAAGCUGCUGAGAAACAAGAAAAACCUGCAGCCCCCCCUCCUGGAGAAAGGGUGGAUGAACAUCUAGCUCCCCCUGCUGGUGAGGAGGCGGAACCUGCAGCUCCCCCUGCUGGUGAGGAGGCGGAACCUGCAGCUCCCCCUGCUGGUGAGGAGGCGGAACCUGCAGCUCCCCCUGCUGGUGAGGUGGAGGAACCUGCAGCUCCCCCUGCUGGUGAGGAGGCAGAACCUGCAGCUCCCCCUGCUGGUGAGGUGGAUACAGCAGAAAGCUGUGGCAGUCCAAAGGAGGAGAAACCUGCUUCGACGAUUGGAUCUCCCAGUUCUGAAAAAGCAGAACUUUGUGAGAUUCCUCCGGCUGAAGAAGCUAAAACGCCCCCAGGUGAAGCAGCUCCAUCGGAAAACAUGCCGAUCCCCUCGGUGGUGAUUGAGCCUGCAUCCAGUAACGAAGGUGAUGAUGACCGUGAUGCUGACAUCAUCUCACCCACCGCCAUCAGUGACAAUGGUGUGACGGCUCAAAACCAGAGCAUCAAACAGAUGAGUGCAUUUGGUGGCGUGUCAGGACUCCCUGAUGAUUUUCUUUAUAAGGUGGAGACGAUGCACGACUUCGAAGCUGCAAAUUCUGAUGAGCUUGAACUGAAGAGAGGUGAUGUGGUGUUAGUGGUUCCAACAGCUUCAGUAGAGGAUCAGGACGCCGGAUGGUUAACAGGGAUCAAAGAGAGUGAGUGGUUAAGUCUUGGAGCUGGUGCUCAAAAAGGACUGUUCCCUGAAAACUUCACCCAGCGUCUGGAGUAAGAUGUGUCUUCAGCCGGUGGGUGAAAUGAUCACAGAUGUGAAAUACUGGUGACCAACUCAGCAUGUAGCCAACCCCUCUCCUGGGAAAGCUUAUAAUAUCUUGCAGGCGCUUGCUGGACAAGACAAGGCUAUAUCUGUGAGUUAAGAGUCAACCGUAGUGAACCUAAAACUCAUGGUAAUAAAUAGUAGUACUGUUGUCAGCAGAAAAUCAAAAAGCAUGAUGUGAUAGUGUGGUCAACCCUUCCUGGAUCAGAAAUACAAUUUUUUAAGGAAAAAAACUUAAAGUGUAUUUAAAUGUUGGCACUAACUGAAGUAGGUAAAGGGAAAAUAAGCAAACAACUAAAAACAAAAACAAAGAAAAAAACGCACCUUUUUUGCACCUAAUGUGUUGUACAGAUGUUGUUGCUUAGCUGUGGAAUAGACCAGAAUCUGUUGUGCUGUGAUGUAUUUAAAUGUUUCUGAGUGUGACAUCAAUCUCUCGAGUUUGUUGUGUUAAUGAAACACAGCAUCACUGUUCAAUCUUAAUCACUGUUAUUGUAUUUCCUUAAUAAGCCUGAGUGUGUGUGAUUCAUAAGUGGCAAUGACUGAAGUAAUUGAGGAGUAUAACUAUGCUCCAGGCAAAAGAAGCAGUGGAGCAAAAACCAGUGCAUAUCCAGCAUGAAAGCGUACAAUGUUUUCUUUAAGUAUUUGAACAUAUAAUAAAGAAUAUCCUCA